AGCAAGAAAAGAAAAUCCUGUUCUAAACUGGUCUAGAACAGCAAACUAGAACAGUUCAGAACAGAAAAACCUGAAUGAACAGCAAAUAGCUGUUAUUUUCUGUCUGGAACAGUCCGGGACAGCGUCGUUGAACACACAUUAUGAAUAUGAACAUAUCUAUUUAUGAAUUUGAAAAAUGAUUUACUGAACGAAAUCAUUUUAUAACGGCACUCACUUUCACUUCAAUCUGUCAAAUUCGUUUUGAUUUGGUUAACCAACAAAUACAAAAAAAAAAAAAAACAUAAAAAAGCCGGGAAAUUAAAAACAUUUUAUUUUAACCUGUAAUUAUUUAAUUUUUAAACAAUGCAAGCAUUCUUAAAAAGUGGUAAAACUACUCUUGAAAAAUCUACAAAUGAAUCAAAUCUACCCAGUUCAUCUAACGGACCAGGACAAACAGAAAAACGCAAAGCACCCGCACCAUGGGUUGAAAAAUAUCGUCCCAAACGUGUCGAUGAAGUAGUCGAACAAGGUGAAGUAGUUGCAGUCCUCCAAAAAUGUGUCGAGGGAGCCGAUCUACCCAGCAUGUUGCUCUACGGUCCACCCGGCACUGGCAAAACAAGUACAAUCCUUGCAGCAGCUCGCCAAAUCUUUGGCGACAUGUUCAAAGAACGAAUACUUGAACUCAAUGCUUCCGAUGAACGUGGCAUUAAUGUUGUCCGAACUAAAAUCAAGAAUUUCGCCCAACUGACUGCCAGCGCUGUGCGCCCCGACGGAAAACCAUGUCCUCCGUUUAAGAUUAUCAUUUUGGAUGAGGCUGAUUCCAUGACACAUGCUGCGCAAGCAGCUCUACGUCGGACAAUGGAAAAAGAAAGCCGCAGUACACGAUUCUGCUUGGUCUGCAAUUACGUAUCCAGGAUAAUAGACCCAAUCACAUCGCGUUGUACAAAAUUUCGCUUCAAAUCCUUGGGCAGAGACAAGAUAAUUGAACGUCUUCGACAUAUUUGCACGAUAGAAGGAGUCAAAAUCGAAGAAAGUGCCUUUGGAUCGAUCGUCGACAUAUCUGGAGGUGAUAUGCGUCGCGCAAUUACAACUCUCCAAUCCUGCUAUCAUCUGAAAGGAAAAACUGCAGAUAUCACAACAGAAGACCUCCUAGAAAUCUCUGGGAUCAUUCCAGAAAAGUACUUAUCCUCGUUUUUGGAGGUUUGUCGCUCUGGAAACUACUCUAAGCUCGAAGACUUUGUUAGAAGUUUGACCUACGAGGCAUACAGUGUCGGCCAGAUGAUGGAGCAACUGAAUGAUCACAUCAUUCGAUCCAAGGACUUGUCCAACAAACAAAAAGCCAUUAUCUGCGAUAAACUUGGUGAGACCUCUUACCGCCUUCAGGAUGGCGGCUCGGAAUACCUCCAAAUCAUGGAUUUGGGUUGUGCAGUCAUAAUUGCACUCCAAAAGUAA